GCGGUCCAUCCACAUACUAACUUAAUUUUUCCAUAACUAAGAUUAUGAGUUAAUUCUAAAUUACUAGUUGGAACUUCCUAUGGAUAUUAAUUUCUGUGUAAUUCGUGUUGCAGUUAAAUUUGAGGUAAUCAUGAAAACAUGAGUUAAAUCUAAAGUUAAUUAUAUGUGUUAACGUUAUAUCUUUUCACUAACUGCAUCCAAAUGAUAUAGUUAUGCAAUUUUAAUAACGAAUUUGUUUAUGUCUGGGUGUUUGUGAUAUGUGUAUAUAAUGAUUUGAACAUUUAAAGUCGUUUAUUUUGUUAUACUGGCUCACUAAUAUCGAUUACGAUGAAACCUGUACUUAUGGUGACAUGUGCCUUAUUCGUAGUUUUGGCACUUGCUGGAGUGGUUAAUGCUCAAGGUGAGACGUCCCAUCAAAGAGGCGGCGAAGAUCAUGGCGAAGGUCAUGGCGGAGGAAAUGGUCACGUUGGUGGACACGCAGGUGGGCAAACGGGCUUUGGAGUGGGGGCAUCAAUGAACGGAGGAUUUGGAGGAGAAAUGGGCGGAGGAACGGGAGGAGGCACCGGAAUGGGUGGAAGGAGAUAAAGUGAUUUACCACCUUGCAAGUCAUUCCAAUAAACAUACGAACAUUUAAA